GUAAAGUGGCGGAAUCGUUCCGGCGAAUCGGCGAUCGUGCUGUUGUUCGGUCGGUCAAUCGGGGCAUUUCUUCACAACUAUAUGCGACAGUUUUUGGUGUUGGCCAUAGAAGUCGAACAAGUUAGGCGUGAUGUCGAGGCUGUGGGCUAAGCUCGCAGGGUUGUUCAGCAGUAGGACCUUUGUUGGAAUGGACAAGGCUGGAAAUCGAUACUUUGCUAGAACUGAGCAAAUCGACGGCGCCAUGAAAGAGAAAAGGUGGGUAGUAUUCAAAGGAGAGCAGGACCCAACGGUCAUUCCUGUUGAAUGGAUAUGUUGGCUGAAUGGACAACGGAAGAAAGCUCCAACAAUGGAGGAAAUGGCUGAGUUAGAGGCAAGGAGAGAACGCAUCAAGCUGAAUGUUGCCCGUCUCAAGAAGGAGGAAGAACAAGAAAAGAAAGCGAAAGAAGGCAAACCCAGAAAUAUUGGCAAAGCUGCUGGCCCUGACUUGAAAAGUUUCAUUCAACAGCUUCGCACUGAUGAAGAAGGAAAUAAAAUUGAAGAAGCAUCUAACCCAAAGGCUGAAACAAGUGGCAAGAGCGUCGAAGAAUCUCACGUGAAUAAAGAAGUCCCAGAAGCCAUUGAGAAGCAGCCGGGAUCUUCGGAGCCUACGGGAUCUGGUGCAUCUUUCAAACCAGGGACGUGGCAGCCGCCAACAUAAUUGUGAUUCGCAGCAGCAAUAUUCUUUGACACGCAGCCUGCAGUUUAUUGUGCUCGAGCAACGAUCACUCCGAAGUGCUGUUGCCAUUUUUAAACACCUCCAUUCUCAUUGCAGGUAAAACUGAAUGGGGUUGAAGCUGAACCCCUCUACUGAAUUUAUUUACAGUUUACUUUCCUUAAGUUUUAGUAUUCUAAGGAGUAAGGCCUUGUUGUUUCGAUGGAUUUGUGUUCAAAUUGUCUCCAAAAUCCAUUAAAAUUUUACAAAUAAAAAAUAUAUUUCAAUUUAAAAUUUUACUAUUAUUGAACUACAUCUUAAAGAUCAAUCUUAGACAUUAUUUUCGAACAAUUAAACCUCCUUCAGAUUAACUGUCUGUGUACGCCUGCAUAUAUAUGUUCAUUGGGUGUGUUUACUUGUGUGAUAGGAUUAUAAUAAAUAGUAUUAUUUUAACGAAUUACAUAAUAUGCCAUAGUUUUAGAGAAUUUUAGAAUCAAAUAAUAAAAAAAAAAAAAAAAAGAAGAGAAAAAUGAAUUAUAAAUAAACAAGUCGUGAAGGUCUUAGCUGUGUUACCACUUAUGACUUAGGUGGACAAUUUAAUGUGUUUUUGCCAUAUGUGUGGGUGCCGUUACUGUCCUCAAUAUAAUUAUUUAUAUACUUUUUGCUGGUUGAAAAUAUGUGUAAUUUAAUUUAUUGAAUGAAUGAAAGCAACAAUGCAUGAAAGAAGUAAGUCCAUUUAUUUCAGUUGCUUUGAAAGUGGCAUGUAGUGAUGAAAAAUCAACCACCUUUGAGAAUUCCAUUCAUUUCAAUUACUUUAAAAGGGUUGUAUGUGCAUCAAAUGAGUUCUGCCAUUGUUCUUUUACGUUCAUUUAGGAUCUGUUUGGUUUGAAGAAAAAUGAGAGGAGGGAAUGUGAGAGAAAAUAGUUAUAAUUUUAUUUAUUAAUUAAUUACCCUAUUAUAUCCUUCAAAUUCAUUUAAAAUUCAAUUAUAUUCUCCAAAU